ACGUAGACUCACAAACCAGCAUACCACAUCCCAGUGCACACCUCCGCCGCCCCCACCUUCCGGUGCUACGGCAGCUCCGUUUGGCUGAACGGGUGAGUGUGAAAUCAUCGAUUAUGCUGAGCUGCCUGCCACCCAGAACCUUGUCUUUCCAAAAACCAUAGCGAUGGUCAAGUAUAUUACACCUGAAGAAAUUGCUGCGCACAACAGCGAAAAGGACCUGUGGAUGGUCAUCAACGGCAAAGUUUAUGACAUUUCGACUUUCGGUGAUGAGCAUCCCGGCGGUGUCGAGAUCCUGCUGGACUAUGCUGGUCAGGACGGCACCAAAGCCUACAAGGAUGUUGGCCAUUCCACAGCUGCUGAUGAGUUGCUGGAAGAAUUGUAUGUCGGUGAUCUCAAGCCAGGCACGGAACUUGAGUUGGCAUCUCUGAAGAAGGACCGUGCUGUUAAAAACAGUCCUCCCCCUAUUGGUCUCAUAGUCGCCAUUGUCCUGGUGCCCAUGGUCGCCCUGUUUGUGUAUAAGAACUUCAUUUCGAAGAAGACUUCUACUUCAUUCGAUGAGGUAUAGGCUCAGUGCCCAUCGUGUCCAAAACAUUUGUACUUUAAUCCCGGUAUGCUGAUUACAGCCGGAAAACUGAUCCAAAAAUAAUUGAAAGUUGAAAGAAGAAAAAUAGAAUAUUGGCGUGAACGACAA